UGAUUGAAAAUUUUUUUUUGUUCGUCAUUUGAAUUUUUUUUUAUUUUCGAAUGGUUCGAUGAUUCACUUAACAUUUCCAUAUUUCAUUUAGGAUAAUCAACCAUAACCAUUCUUCUUCGUCGUCGUCGUCGUCGUCAUUAAAAUCAACAAUAAAGCAGUGAAGAAAAAGAAUUCGUGUCAAUUAAUUAUUUUCUCAUCAUUUUUAUUAUUAGAAAUUUAAUGUUUCUGUUUGUUUCAGUGAGAGAGCAAUAUCUCGUUCAUCGUUGAAAAUCCAUUAUCAUUUUUUUUCAUCAUUUCGGUGGUCUUGUUUUCUUUACAUCAUCUGAACUUGUUGCUCAUAUCACAACCAUAAUCAACAUUAUUAUUGUAGGAUUAUUCACACACGAUCGCAUUCUAUCUCAAGAGAAAAUUAUUCAAAAAACCUAAAGAAAGAAGAAAAAAAAGAAUCGUUAGUAACGAGAAAAAAACCAUUGUUUUGUUUUCUGUUAUCCCAUUAUCCAUUUUCAUCAGCAUAAGAAUAAUUAUAACGAGGACCAAAAGAUAAUUAUUUCGUUUGCCACCAUCAACAUCAUUUUUGUGAUACGACCGAACAAAAACAAAGAAAAAAAAGAUGCCAGAAAAUCAAGCAACCAUUCAAAAACAACGUGACAAUUGUGAAUGUCUUAAAAUAGAUAAUAAUAAUCAAACAAAUAAAUGCUGCCAUUCGGAUAAGAACAACAACAAUAGUAAUGUUGAAUGUUGUAAAAAUGAACAGAUGAAAAAUUGUUGUUCCAAUCUGAUUGAAACAACAAAAUUUAAACCGGUAACACAUGUUAUCUUCGAUUUGGAUGGUCUAUUGAUCAAUAGUGAAGUUUGUUUUGCUAAUGCUAUCCGUAAUCUAUUGAAACGUUAUGGUGUUAAUGAAUAUAGUAAAGAAUUACAGGAAAAAGUUCUUGGCAUGGAAGUGGCUAGAGGUAUUGAAGAGAUAAUUAAACAGACCAAACUACCAUUGACUGUGGAACAAUUUAUGCAAAUGGAACGUGAAAUUUAUACAGAAGAAAUGUUAAAAGUACAAUUGAUGCCUGGUGCUAAACGUUUAGUGGAACAUUUGAAACGACAUAACAUACCUAUGGCCAUUGCAACUGGUAGUACAAAUCAAUCGUAUGUAAUAAAAACACGUGCACAUCAAGAUCUAUUUGGUGAUAGAAAAUAUUUUCAACAUAUUGUUUUCACACGUGAUGAUGAAGAGGUAAAAAAACCAAAACCAGCACCGGAUGUUUAUCUGAUCACUGCAUCACGUUUUCCGGAUAAACCGAAACCGGAAAAAUGUAUUGUAUUUGAAGAUUCAUCAAUAGGUGUGGAUGGUGCACGUGCAGCCGGCAUGCAAUGUAUUAUGGUACCGGAUCAACGUUUUGAAUGUAAACAAAAGAAUGCAACAAUGAUAUUGAAAUCAUUGGAAGAUUUUCGACCCGAACUAUUUGGUUUGCCAUCAUUUGAUGAAUAAUUAAAAAUCAUCAUCACCACAAAUUAUAUUUAUAUAUAGAAAAUAUAUAUUCGAAUUAAUAUGUUGUGUAAAUAACCAGUGUGUGUGUGUGUGUUUGCAUUUAGAAAAAAACAGAAACUUUAUAAAAAAAAAAAUUUAAAUUGUCAUGUGACAAAAUUUUUCAGUUUUUCAAUAUUAAUAAGGAUAUAAAAAAAUUUUUUUUUCUCAUUCUCGACAACUUGGUUAAACUUUUGGUCAUUUUUUUUUAUUUUUCAAUAAAAA